AUUAUGAAGAAGAUUACUUUUCACGACGCGGUCUAUUACAAGCGCGUGCCGUGGUUUCUAUCACGAUUUCAACGUUUGUAGUGCUCGUUGCAGAAAUGGUGUUAGAAAUCUAUUCGUUAUUCAGCGGGAAUAAUAAUAGUAUGGCAGGACGUCUCUCACUCUCCUCUUUUAAUUGGCCUUUUCUAUUGGCUGGAAUUCUAAUCUUUGCGGUACUACUGUAUUACAUACCUAGAGGAAAGAUAACGAUUACACAAGCCGCAAAAAUCGGGCUUUACUAUUUCCUUCUGAUUUCCACUCACAUUUCUUUAACGGAUAAUGGAUUCCAAACCUUGAGUCAUGCCAACUUUUUUGCUGUGCCGCCUUUUGGAUCAUAUGGUAGAGAGGCAAUUCCUAUAACAGUGUUUUCAAUUGGAUGGAUUAUAUGCGACAUUUAUAUGUUAUGCUUUAUGUAUUUUUUGUUCGCCGCGUAUGAACAAGAAUUUCAAUUAAACCAGGAACGAAUGCAAAAAAAUUUGGAGGAGGCGAAAUCUGCAUCGACGGCGAAAUCAAUGUUCAUUUCUAAUGUCAGCCAUGAGUUGCGAACGCCUUUGCAUGGCAUUCUUGCCACGGUAGAAAUAUUGGCGAAAACUAAAUUAAACGAAUCCCAACGAAGCUUAUUAAAUACCAUUGAAAGCUGUGGGACUAAUUUAAUUUCGGUAAUCAAUCAAGUGUUGACCUAUGCAAGAAUUGAACAUGGAAAAUUGGAAUUGGAACAAAAUCCCUUUGACAUCUACGCUCUCAUGCAAGAAAUAGGUGACGGUCUGGCUCCAAUCUCCGGAAGGAAAGACUUGGAUUUCGUCAUCUACGGGGAGAUCAAUCCUUUGCAUAGAUUUUUUAAAGGAGAUCUCGGGGUUCUGAGACAGAUAAUCUUGAACCUUCUGGGAAAUGCGAUUAAAUUCACUGACAAGGGUCGGAUCGAACUGAUCAUCACCGAAUUAACUGAUGAUGAAAAAAACCACAUGAGAUCUUAUGAAUUUGAGGAUUCUGACGUUGUUACAUCAAACUCUGUAGACUUUCUUCCAAAAGCGAAAUUCCGCAUAGAAGUUGUGGAUACUGGACGUGGGAUUGCACCAGAUUUUAUGAAUAAUCUGUACCAACCAUUUUCCCAGGAGGAUGCUUCGUUACGAAGAAAAUUUGAAGGAACCGGAUUAGGCCUCAGCAUCGUUAAAGGAUUUCUUGAGAUGAUGAAUAGCCGCCUGGAGGUUGAAUCUAAACUUGGCGUGGGCAGUAAAUUCUCUUUCGCACUGGAUGUUUUAUUGUCACCUGUGUUAAAUUCAACGCCAUCAUCCUCCUUACCGUUUGAUCAUCAAUAUUUAAGACUCCUACUAAGCGAGCAGAGGAAAAUAAACGAACAAUUGCGUUCAUUAUCUUAUGUCGUCUUAAAUCACCGAAAUUCCCUAUUUUGUCAACGAGUCAUAAGUUACCUCGAUAAAUGGAGAUUUUCAUAUAGUUUGAUGGAUGAGGAUGAAUUGAAAAGAGAUUGUGAAUGGAAACAUGCCGACAUUGUCAUAUUGAACUACAGCUUAAAUAACUUGAAGCACUUUUUAGAUGAAUUCAUAACGAAAAGCCCAACAGUAGAAAAGUUAAGAAUUGACGAAUCAAAUUCAACAGCAGGAAAGUCGAGAAUUGAUGAACCAAAUCCAACUUCAGAAAAGUCGAAAAUUGAUGAGUCAAAUCCAACAGCAGAAAAGUUGAGAACUGAUGAACCGAAAAGGGAACAACGAAUACUGUUCUUUUCGACAGUAGGAGACUACCAGGAGGCAGAAGAUAUAUUAAAAAGCUAUCGAUCUAGGUCCGUCAUCAUUGUCUUGAAGCCAGCUGGUCCGACAAAGAUACUCAACGCAAUCAUUAAGGCGGUGGGAUCACUGCGUUCAUCAUCAGAUCAACCCUCCUCCAAUGAACAUGUGAUCCCUAACGAAACGGGUCCAGGUGGUGAAUUGAUUCUUUCACCAAGCAUGUUUGGUUCCGCCGCGAUAACGGAAGAAAACCUAUUGGUAAAGAAAAUGGAGAUUAAUAAUGACGCGAGAAUCGGCGAAGAUCAAGGAUAUGGCGAAAUGAAACAUGUUACUCAAAAUAAAGAUGUUGAAAGUUACAUGAAGAAAUCUGAGGAAAAACCGGAGGGGAAUGAAGACUUAUCAUUUCUGAUUGUUGAGGAUAAUAAAAUUAAUGCAAUGAUUCUGAUAACGAUGUUAAAACAAGCUGGAUAUCAUAAUUAUGACAUCGCUGUCAAUGGACUCGAAGCGAUCGAAAAAUUUGCUCAAAAGCACUAUGAUAUCAUAUUUAUGGACCUUCAGAUGCCAAUAUGUGAUGGGAUUGAGGCAACAAGAGAAAUUCGCAAAAUCGAAAAUGGCGAAGGUUCGAGUUUAGUCUCCGUACGCGUAAAUGCAUACACGAACAAUAACGAAAGCGACAAGAGAAAAGGAACUAAGAGAGCAAUUAUUGUUGCGAUGACGGGUCUCGCAUCUUACGAAGGGGCCGGUUGCGACGAGUUUUUAACAAAACCAAUAUCGCUCAAAACUCUUAAUUUGCGAAUGAAAUUUUGGACACAAGAAGUUAGAAAGUCACAAUGGAAGGAAUCUGAUGACGAACAAAUGGAAUUCACGAAUUUAUCGACUCAAGCUGAAAUUCUUGGAAAUUAA